AUGAAUUUGCUGUUUGGUUCUUCUCUCAUGUGCCUGGCUCUUCAUGCCGGGUACGCGCGAACAGAGCCUAUUGCGCGCAGAGGUGCCCCCUUGCUUGAUGCUUCAUUUGACUAUGUCGUUGUCGGUGCUGGCACCGGUGGUAGCGUCGUGGCGACGCGCCUAGCGCAACAGUCAUUCAAGGUCGCCUUGGUGGAAGCAGGUGGUCACUAUGAGGUUGAAUCAUUGGCAGAGGUCCCUGCUGCCGAUGUGCUUCCGGUGGGAUCUGAUCCCAGUACAUCGUCCGCCGUAGAUUGGGGCUUCGUAACGAGUGGACAACCUGGAGCAAAUGGACGGUCAAUACAUUAUGCGCGAGGAAAAUGCCUCGGUGGAUCCCCGACGAUCGAAUCAAUGGAACAAUGGGCCAGCACUGUCAAUGACAGCAGUUAUGAAUUCGACGCAGUGCUCCCAUACUACAAGAAAAGCGCGAAAUUCACACCACCAAACACGAGCCUGCGCGCAAAGAACGCAACAGCUGAAUAUAGCACCGAAGGAUUCGAAAGUAACGGGGGGCCUCUUCAGGUUUCCUAUGCAAACUACGCACAGCCCUUCUCCUCCUGGAUGGAACUCGGCAUGAACGCCAUCGGGAUCAACGACACACAAGAUUUCAACCUGGGCUCAUUGAUGGGAGCGCAAUACUGCUCGUCGACCAUCGAUCCUAGCACCGAGUUCCGCAGCAGCUCCGAAUCUUCUUUUCUCUCCAACAUCAAACCCUCGACACUGACAACUUAUGACAAUACUCUGGCUAAAAAGAUUGUUUUCAACGACAAUAAAACGGCGACAGGAGUCCAAGUAAAGGGGGCACUUGGAAACACGAUCACACUUUCAGCAAAGAAAGAGGUGAUCGUCUCCGCAGGUGUUUUCCAAUCCCCGCAACUCCUCAUGGUGUCCGGCGUUGGGCCAUCGGAUAUUCUGGAGGAACAUGGAAUUACAGUUGUAGCAAACCGGCCCGGCGUCGGACAGAACAUGUGGGAUCACCCGUUCAUGGCGCCUACAUACCGCGUGCAGGUCAACACACUCACCAAAUUUGCGACGAACUUGAUCUACGCCGCGGGAGAAUUCCUCGAUGGAGUACUUACCAAAAACGGGCAAUUGACGAACCCCGUUGCGGACUAUUUGGCUUGGGAGAAGAUUCCCGCGAGUCUGCGCUCUGGUUGGUCUCAGAGCACACGAACAGCUCUUGACAAGUUCCCGAGUGAUUGGCCAGAAGCCGAAUACAUUUCCGGCGCAGGCUACAUUGGAAACGUCUCCAAUCUCCUCACCGACCAGCCCAAGGACGGGUACGAGUAUGCCUCAAUGUUGGGCGUAUUGAUUACACCAACCUCUAGAGGAAACGUCACGCUCAAGUCUGCUGAUACAUCGGAUUUGCCAAUUAUCAACCCCAAUUGGUUGGGUGAAACUGCCGACCAAGAAGUCGCCAUUUCUAUGUUCAAGAGAAUGCGACAGGCCUUCCAGAGCGACGCGAUGGCACCAGUAAUCAUUGGCGACGAGUACAAUCCGGGUCCUGAUGUACAAUCCGAUUCGGAAAUCUUGGAGUUUAUCAAGAAUAAUGUCAUGACCUUAUGGCAUGCCGCUUGUACCUGCAAGAUGGGUACAUCUGAUGACGAUAUGGCGGUUGUUGACUCUCAAGCCCGAGUGUUUGGAGUAGACGGGCUUCGCGUGGUUGAUGCUAGCGCCUUCCCAUUCCUUCCCCCAGGUCAUCCCCAGUCUACUGUUUAUAUGCUUGCAGAGAAGAUUUCGGAGGCUAUCAUUCAGGCACAGUAG